AAGCGGCCAUUGUUGCUGGAACGAGGUUAGAAUAGUGAAGCAGUGCAUAUCUCGAAAGCAUCGCUCUAAAACAGUUCAUUUUGUUGUGCUACUUUUAAAGACGUACAAGUUUCACCUUCAUGUGGAACGCAAAGAUGCAAGCCCGUAUGAUUUUUUUUCUACGCCUACAGCCUUCGAGCGGGGAUGGCACGCUUCUAGACGAGUGUGCUCGAGUGCCUCCAUGUUGAUGGUGAAUCGAGUGUUCGAAGUGGAAAUUCGUCGCUCCCCAUAUCUAGUUUUUCUUGUGCAAAAGUCUAGUUCGUGCGUUUGCCGGUUUGUGCUAUUCGAGUGCGCGUCGGUUCCCAGGCCAAGUGUGCAAGGUACUCACAAACUGUGGAUAAAGCUAGUCUCCUCAGGCUUUCCCAGCAGCUAGUGUGUCCUUGUGUGCGUUCUGUUAAAGUGGAACGCCCUUUGGGUACCUAUCACAGUGCAGUUUCUCUUGACAUACACAAGUCGGGAAUUUCAGAGGCUCAGUUCUACCUGUAGUUCGUGAAAUCACAGACAGCAUGUAUGACGGAACAAAAAUACUAAUUCUGGCCGUUGUGGCCAUCUUCUGCUCGAUGGGGACGGCAGAAGCGCAGAUUAUGAUUUUGGAACCGCCUGGCGCAGUUCUGAAAAACAAUUCCACAAUGAUUGAAGGAUCGACGGCGUCAUUUGGGGCUCCAGUAGGUGUCUGCCUUUCCUUAUCACUCAGACAAAGGUUUUGUAAUUUUCGGUUCCGUGCAAAACCAAAAACGACUGUUCUAGACUCUGGCUUUUUCUGCGGCAUCCACGUAGCAGUCAAACUCACGGAAUGCAUUAUGAUACACUGCUGUGCACAUUCGAAAUAUCAUUACACUUUUCAUGUCGAGUGUUCGGCCAAACACACUACAGCUGUGGACUGUUUCACAUUUUUGUUGACAUAGUGUUGUGCAAUACCAUGUAUCUUUCCUUGCAGUUCUAUGGCGAACGCGUCGAAGGCGAGUUGCUGUUCUUCGACACCAUUGGAUGCAAAGACGAACAGUACGCGCUGCCCAGCGAAAAGGCAAACACAACCGAAGCCAAGUCUGCAUCACCGGUCAUUGUCAUGGUCCGCCGCGGAGGAUGCAACUUCGUUAACAAGGUUAAAGUUGCUCAGAGAAAAGGAGCGAAGGCCGUUAUCGUGGCAGACACGAAGGGGUCCUUGUCGUCACAGAAGGAUGUGAAGAAGGUUAUUGUAUCCGAUGAUGGCUGGGGAGAAUCCAUAAAGAUUCCUUCCCUUCUAUUGAGCGAGGAAGACGCCAACUUCUUGAUUUCUGCCGGAGACGGCCUGUUCGAGGAUGGCGCUUCUGAUGGAGUUCGACCUACACGUACUGACGGUCAAGGGAAAGAAACUGUGAUUCUGGAGCUUGUGUGGUCGCUGCCGAAGGAUCACGCUGUUCAAAUCGACGUUUGGUCGACACCCUCUAGCACACAGUCGGCCAAGUUUCUCAAGGAAUUCGCUCCCUAUGCACAUGCUUUCAAGGACAAGAUUGACUUCCAGCCCCAUUAUUGGGUCAUGUCAAUGGCGAGAGAUUUCCACGAAAUGUGCACUGAUUCGACGGCGGAUUUCUGCGCCUUCGACCCCGAUUUUGGUGGAAAGACCACGGGGAAAAUGGUUCUGCAAGAGUCGGUGAGGCAAAUGUGUCUUUGGGACACGACGAAAAAGUUGCAUUCGGACAAUCCACACAGUGGGUUCUACAGCCCUGAAUGGUGGUCCUACAUUGAGGCUGUUCCAAGCGUCUGCCCGCACGAAGACACAGAUGACGAGCAUCGGUUUGGCGAAUCCUGCAGCUACAAGCUGAUGGAGUUACUCCAGGUCAACAUCCGACAAGUGAAGAAGUGUUACGACGAGAAGUUUAACACAAUUUUGGCGCAUGAACUGGUCAACCGCGCAUGGGCGCCGAACGCAAUCAUCAUUAAUAAAACCCGUUACAGUGGAUCGCUCGACCCCGAGCUCGUCACCCGGGCCAUCUGUACGGCAUUUGCCGCAACCCAGCCGGAAUGUGAAAACUUCUUGAAAAACGGUCAACUGAUUAUGACAGCAGGACAGGGACUCACAGACCGUCAGAUCUUCCUUAUCUCUGCAGGAGUCGUGUUGGCCUUCGGCAGUCUCUGUUUCCUUCUUCUCUGGUUUGUCGUUCUGCCCUGCGUAAAACAACGGUGGGGAGGAGCGUAUGCCAGAUUCGGCAGGGGACGGACGGGAACUGACAUGUCAGACUCGACUCCAACAGCCAUCUACUCUCCUAAUCUGUCAGAUUCCAUGCCUUCCACAAAAACAUUUCCUAUGCCUGACGUGUGAACGGCUGGGAUGGGUGGGAAUUGUAGGUUUCUGUGUUCAACAAAAAGGCUUCUUGAUUCCGCCGUGGGAUUUUUGUAGAGUAUGUGUGCGACGACUAUGGUAUCUGGACUUCUGCUCCGCCAACCAACAUUCACUACUCGAAACAUAAAUCGCAAUAAAUGUUCCAAUGUGACACCUGCCACUCCAGAGUUGGGAGUUUGUUUCUGCAAAACCGACACAGACAAUGACACAACCGCUCGCACCCGACAGGGGCGCCCAAAGAAAUCGAAGUGGAAAGCCAUAGUGGUGUGAUUCCUCUUCUGACCCGAUACUCCCUCGCACAUGCCGUGACAAUAGAUGGAAAUGCGAAGGAAUGGUGACGGCUGUAAAAGCUUCCAAAAGUUGUGGAUCUUCACAAGGACUUCAAAUGAAGACACGUUUAGCUAAAUGUACUCUGUAUUUCUGAAUACCAUUACGAUGGUCUACCCGUUACCGUUUUGAAGAGGGCUCCUGACGAAUAACUCACUGUGCUCUGGGAAACUGGAGACUAUGGGACAUGGCACAUAUUCAUAGAUACAGUCUGUACGAAGGACUGUACUUCAGUCAUUCGCGCCUGUUUGGUACAGCAAACUCUUCACCAGUGUGAACCUGCCGAGUUCCCGUUAACCACUAAAGCGAAUGAGCCUUGAAGUUGCCUCUUCCUUUUCGCCAACAGUAAUCUCGCAGAAAUCUCGCAUGAUUGUCGAGGCAUGCAGGCAGCAUUUUCCAAGUGAAAGAGCACACGACAUAUCUUCGAUUUUCCUCUCAUAUUUUCCAGGUCCUACAAAGCACACCCUAGACAUAGACUCGAGAGCCGAGGGAGCACUUGUGGCACCCAGCCUCUUCGCCCCAUGUCUC